UAAUCCCUGCUCGUGUCACCUCAAUAAGCUUCAACUAUGAGAAAUUUCUUGAUGUGGAUCAUCAGAGCUUGAACCUUCAAGGAGAUGCUUUCCAGGAAAAUGGGAUGCUCAACCUCACCAGAUACAAGAAAGACAGUGCAGGGAGAGUAACAUACAAGAACCUGCUGCAACUUGGGGACAAAGAGACAAGAACACUUGUAAACUUCAUUACCCGUUUCAGCUUCAUCAUCAAUGUACUAAAUGAAACUCGUGAUGGGCAUGGAGAUGGCAUCACAUUCUUCUUGGCACACCCGAAUUUUCCAUUUCCAGUGCCCCCAGAUGGCACUGGUAUUGGUCUUGUGGGUCGUAGAGAAAUGGGAGAUCCAACUUAUGCUGAUGCACAUCCAUUUGUAGCAGUCGAGUUUGACACCAUGCUUAAUGCAAGAGAUCCACCUUAUGAUCAUGUGGGAAUCAAUGUAAAACAAAUGUGGUCUCCUUACACAACACAAUGGUACACUAUGAAUGACGGUAGAAAGUAUGAUGCUGAGAUUACCUACAAUUCUAGCUCAUUGCAGUUAAGUGUCAUGUUCACAGGAUAUAAGAAUAACAUCAAAAUCAGACAAAAUUAUUCCCAUCAGAUUGAUUUGAGAGACUACCUACCAGAACAAGUUCAGUUUGGGUUCUCAUCAGCCACAGGACUUCAGUUUGAGUUACAUACGCUAUGCUCAUGGGCCUUCAAUUCAAGUCUUAAUAAAGUGUGGGGAGGAGUGGUGCAAAAGAGUAAAAGCAAUAAUAAGGGUUUGGUCAUUGGAUUGAGCAUUGGAUCGGUUGUAGGGGUUGGUGGGUUAUGCAUAGCUUGGUUCCUCAUAUGGAAGUUAAAUUGCAGGGCAAGAAAAGAUGAUCGCUUGGAUGUUUCUUUGGACAGAGACUUUGAAAGUGUUGGACCAAAGAAGUUUUCCUAUAAUGAACUUGCGCGAGCCACAAACAACUUUGCAGAGGAACACAAACUUGGAGAAGGAGGUUUUGGUGGUGUCUACAAAGGAUUCAUGAGAGGCUUAAAUACUUUUGUUGCAAUUAAGAAGGUGUCCAAAGAAUCUAGACAAGGGGUAAAGGAGUAUGCCUCUGAAGUAAAGAUCAUCAGUCAAUUAAGGCACAAGAAUUUGGUACAAUUGAUGGGUUGGUGCCACCAGAAAAAUGAUCUUCUACUCAUCUAUGAGUUCAUGCCAAAUGGAAGCUUAGAUUAUCAUUUAUUUAAAAGCAAAGACCUCUUGACAUGGCCAACUCGAUACAAUAUUGCUCAAGGUUUAGCCUCAGCAGUGCUCUACUUGCAUGAAGAGUGGGAGCAAUGCGUAGUCCACAGAGACAUAAAAUCAAGCAAUAUUAUGUUGGACUCAAAUUUCAACUCUAAGCUUGGAGAUUUUGGAUUAGCAAGACUCGUAGAACAUGGCAAAGGGUUAACAUCAACAAUUGCAGCAGGAACAAAAGGAUACAUGGCUCCUGAAUGUUUGGCGAGGGGCAAGGCCACAAGAGAAUCUGACAUGUACAGUUUUGGAGUUGUUGCUUUAGAAAUAGCAUGUGGGCGAAAACCAAUUGACCCUAAUGCUAGUGAUGAACAAGUCAUGAUGGUGGAAUGGGUGUGGGAACUCUAUGGCAGAGGGGAGAUUCUUGAAGCAGUUGACAAAAGGCUUGAUAAUGGAGAUUUUGAUGAGCAAGAAGUUGAAAGGUUAAUGAUUCUUGGGCUUUGGUGUGCUCACCCAGAUUACACUACGAGGCCUGCAAUCAGACAAGCACUUCAUGUGCUUAACUUUGAAGCUCCAUUGCCCACUCUUCCACCAACAAUGCCCAAACCAAUGUAUGCUGCUCCAACUUUUUCUGAUAUUGGUUCUUCAAACUUUUCAUCUGCUUAUGCUAGUUCUUCUGCAACCAAUCAAGCUAGGCCUUCACCAAGUAAUAGGCCAUACACUGGAUCCUCACAAUCAUCCACGUCAGCACAAAUCAAGGAAGGAAAAUAGCUAAGGAAGUUUCUCUUUACUAACAAUUUUCUUACCUGGAAGGCUAUAUCUCAAGUCAGAUUUCCUUUUUAUGGUAUUUAGUUAUCUGACCUUCUAGCCUAUAACAGUAAGCAUACUUAGGUACUAGUUUAUGUAUAAUAAAAAAAUACUUUCGAAUCAAUACAAUAAGAAAUAUUAUUAAUUCAUACUGAGAAUAACGUUUAAUUUGUGUUACAGGAGAUUUUCUUUGUUUGGCCAGUGGGGGAUUUGUUUUCGUGUAUGAAAUAAUGUAGGUUAAUUUUUAUAGAAAAGUUCUUUACCUCACGUUCCAGUAUUCUUAUACUAGUUGUUACCCCUUCAUAUGUAUAUUGUAUGACUUUGAUAUUUGCAACAUGCAGACUUUUCUUUUUUAGGA